CAGGCUGGCGAGGAGCAGGCAGGCAGUGUGAGGUGAAUGCGCCGGGUCAAGUCCGGUGCUGGGAGAGUCGAUCGCAAAAAUUCAGGCGUCUAAUUAAUACAAGGCGAGCUGAGGCGGCCCGGAGCGAUGGAAGCGCGUAAGCUCACCGAGCUGCUGCGGGCGACGAUUGAUCCCGCGCAGCAGAAGGAGGCGGAGGAGCAGCUCACCCAGAUUCACAAAAUUAUUGGUUUCGCACCGGCGCUCCUGCAGGUAGUGAUGUCAAACGACGUCGACAUGCCCGUCAGACAAGCCGGUGUAAUUUAUUUAAAAAAUUUAAUUACUUCAAAUUGGGCCGAUAAGGAAGUCGAUAGUGGACCCAUAGAAUUUAGCAUUCAUGAGCAAGAUCGUGCAAUGAUACGCGAUACCAUAGUAGAUGCCGUGGUACAUGCCCCAGACUUAAUUAGAAUACAAUUAGCGGUAUGCAUCAGUAAUAUAGUUAAAUACGACUUUCCUGGGAGAUGGACGCAAAUAGUGGACAAAAUUACGAUAUACCUUCAAAAUCCUGACGCUUCGUGUUGGCCUGGUGUUCUCCUCGCACUGCAUCAGCUUGUUAAAAAUUUCGAGUACAAGAAAGCAGAAGAGAGGGGACCGUUAAAUGAAGCAAUGAACUUGUUAUUCCCCAUGAUCUAUCAAUUGAUAUUACGCUUAUUGCCAGAUUCAUCUGAGCAGUCUGUUCUACUUCAGAAACAGAUAUUGAAAAUUUUCUUUGCACUCACACAGUACACACUUCCCCUUGACCUUAUUUCGAAAGAGGUGUUCUCACAAUGGAUGGACGUGGUGAGACAGAUAGCUGACAGACCGGUACCGCCGGAGACUAACAAUCCAGAUCUCGAUGAUGACGAACGCGCGGAACUGUGUUGGUGGAAAUGUAAAAAGUGGGCGUUGCAUAUUUUACACAGAAUGUUUGAAAGAUACGGUAGCCCAGGAAAUGUGACCAAAGAGUAUAAAGAAUUCGCCGAAUGGUAUUUGCAAACCUUCAGUGCCGGUAUUCUCGAGGUUCUUCUAAAGAUAUUGGAUCAAUAUCGUAGGAAAAUUUAUAUCUCUCCCAGAGUAAUACAGCAAUCAAUCAAUUAUAUCAAUCAGGGUGUGAGCCAUGCAUUUUCUUGGAAAUUUUUGAAGCCUCACAUGUUUGAAAUCAUACGCGACGUUCUGUUCCCCAUUCUCUCAUAUUCUGCCUCAGAUGAGGAACUAUGGAACACUGAUCCAUACGAAUACAUUAGAGUAAAAUUCGAUAUCUUCGAAGAUUUUGUAUCUCCAGUAACGGCAGCGCAAACCUUGUUACACUCGGCGUGUAGAAAACGAAAAGAUAUGCUGCAGAAAACGAUGCAGUUUUGUCUGGAGGUGUUAACUAGUCCGAAUGCAGACCCAAGACAAAAGGAUGGUGCAUUACAUAUGAUUGGAAGUUUAGCCGAUGUUUUGUUGAAGAAGAAGGUUUACAAGGAACAAAUGGACAAAAUGUUACUGCAAUACGUAUUUCCCGAGUUCAGCAGUCCCCAUGGGCACAUGCGAGCGAGAGCCUGUUGGGUGAUGCAUUACUUCUCGGAAAUUAAGUUUAAAUCGGAACAAAUUUUAGUCGAGGCGGUCAGAUUAAUUACAAAUGCUCUUCUGACUGAUCAAGAUUUGCCUGUUAAAGUCGAAGCGGCCAUAGCACUUCAGAUGAUGCUUUCGGCACAACCGAAAGCUCAGAAGUACAUCGAGCCUUUAAUUAAACAAAUAACGCUCGAAUUGUUGACUAUUAUCAGGCAAACUGAAAACGACGAUCUGACGAGUGUCAUGCAGAAGAUCGUCUGUACAUACACCGAGCAAUUGGUCCCAAUUGCUGUAGAAGUUUGCCAGCAUUUGGCUGCUACAUUUAGUCAAGUGCUCGAAACAGAUGAAGGUAGCGACGAGAAGGCGAUAACAGCAAUGGGCCUUUUGAACACGAUAGAAACGCUAUUAACGGUGAUGGAUGAGCAACCCCAAAUUAUGUUGCAACUCGAACCGAUUGUGCUCCAAGUAGUCGCUCAUAUCUUUAGAAAUAGCGUAAUGGAAUUUUACGAAGAAGCAUUAUCGCUAGUAUACGACCUAACGGGUAAAGGUAUAUCCGAAGACAUGUGGAAAGUCCUAGAACUUAUGUAUCAACUCUUUCAAAAGGAUGGCUUCGACUAUUUCACUGACAUGAUGCCUGCGCUACAUAAUUACAUCACCGUCGACACCCAGGCGUUUUUAUCGAAUGAAAAUCACAUUGUUGCCAUGUUCAAUAUGUGUAAAGCUGUUCUGACUGGUGAGGGCGGUGAAGAUCCAGAGUGUCAUGCUGCCAAGUUACUAGAAGUUAUAAUUUUGCAGUGUAAAGGACAUAUAGAUCAGUGUAUACCGUCGCUUGUGCAAUUAGUCCUCGAACGCCUAAUGCGCGAAGUUAAAACUUCGGAGCUGCGAACGAUGUGUCUUCAAGUAGUCAUUGCCGCGUUAUACUACAAUCCUGCUCUUUGUCUGGAAACAAUGGACAGACUGCAAGGAAACUUCGAUCAGUCGACGGAACCGCUGGCUUCGCGUUUUAUCAAACAAUGGAUCAACGAUACUGAUUGCUUUUUGGGCUUGCAUGAUCGGAAAUUGUGCGUACUUGGAUUGUGUACGUUAAUCAGUAUGGGUCCUGCAAGACCGCCUGCUGUGAAUGAAUGUGCCACGCAAAUUAUUCCAUCCUUAAUCUUGCUAUUCGAAGGUUUGAAGAGAGCGUAUGCCGCUAAAGUCACGGACGGAGACGACGAUGAUGAGAACGAGGAGGAAAGUGAUAUUGAGGAAGAGGUCUUAUCAUCGGACGAGGAUGAUAUAGAUGAUGCCAAUCAAGAAUACCUCGAGAAAUUGCAAGAUAAAGUAACACGAACAUCUGCUCAACAUGGUUUUAACGUUAACGCGACUAUACAAGAUGGUCACGGUGAUCAUAGAUCAGACGACGAUGACGACGAUUCGGAGUAUGACGGUAACGAAGAGACUGCUCUCGAAAGCUAUACUACCCCCUUAGAUUCAGAGGAUUCCAAUCAGGAUGAAUAUGUUGUUUUCAAGGAAAUUAUUCAAAAUAUUGAAAGAACUGACGUGACCUGGUACAGAGCCUUGACGAGUCUUCUUAGCCCUGAACAAGAGAAAGCUCUGCAAGAGAUUAUUCUUUUGGCGGAUCAACGCAAAGCGGCUUUAGAGAGUAAAAGGAUCGAGCAGAGCGGAGGCUAUGUCUUUCACUCACAGACUGUGCCCACCUCGUUUAAUUUCGGUGGAACACCCUUAAGUCGAUAAAGACUUAUAAUCAUUACAAUUUUAGAUUAACUAAGUAAGUAAACAAAUUAUACAGAAUCUGACUUGGACGUUUGUAGCACGUGAUCAUUAUCCACAUGAUCCCACACACAUAUUUCGAAAAUAUUACGCAUUUCCUAUUUACUAUUUUUGUGUAAACUAAUUGUACAUUUAUUAAGACAAUUCAACAAAAAGUCUUACUUUAAUACGAUACGACACUAAAAUUUUAACUUCAUAAGAUCCAUCAAUCUUGUGCAUACUGUUUUACGACGAGACAGCAGACUUGCUUUUUAGUUAUCAUGUGAAAAAUGUAUAGUCUCUUUUUCUACACAUUUAUUAUGCAAAUAACAAUUUAAUUUUUUUGAUUCAGGUAAAAAAAAAAUAUUACUUCCUGUCUAGCAAGCUAUUACGCGUUUUCUUGACAAUUUGAAAUUACUUUGUGAAUUAUAUUAUUGGAAUAUAUUUUGCUUUCAGAUUUUGCAUGGCCCUUGGUUAAGAAAAUUUCAGCAUAGCUUGCUAGAUAUAUAUUCUCGUAUAAAAUGUAUAUUUACUCUCGAUUACUUUAACCUAAAAUUUAUUUUAGCAAAAAGAAAAAAUUGCUUAGUUGAUAAAAUAUGUGUUACAAAAUAUGAAUAUGUUAAAUUGUUGGUAUAUAAAUAUAUCAAAAGAAAACUUUUGAGUAUGUGUAUAAACUACGUUAUUUGAUAUUAUUAACAAUUAGUUCAGUAAAACAUCAUGCCGUACGCUAUCCAGAUAUAUUUGCGAAUUGCUGUUCUGCUGAAAAGAAAAAAAAAGACGUAACUUGUCAGGGCUGCUAGACGUAUAAUUUGCAAAAAUUGUGUCGCCUAUCAGAAAGAUAUUUAGAUAAGAGUAAUUAAGAUGUUUGAAUAAACACUGUCUUUUUUUUUUAUUUUAAAGUCCUUGUUAAAAUGUACAUUGUAUUAUAUAUGGCCAAACAUUUUUUCUGCAGUUACCGAUCACUUUACAUAAAUCCCAGCACAGCUUGCUUUAUUUUGAAAAAGAUAAGUUCUGCUAUAUAUUUUGCGCUGUCCAAACUAUGUACCCUGAAGGAUGGAGCUGCACCAGUUGAUUUAACAAAGCACUUUGAAUAGCUUCUCUAACGGAGUCCCUGUAAUCUUAGAUCUUGUGGACUAAUAUCCAUACUGUAUUAUAAAAGGCAUUAACGCGCGCGAACACGACAAAUGUAAGCGGAGCUCUUUCUUUCACGAGGUAUUGUAAUUACGUAGGACGAAACUCGGAGCAGAAAUAAACUAUAAAUAUCAGAGCCCAAAAUGAUAAAGGCGUACAAAGAAGAGGUGUUCUGUGCUGUGGUUAGUGAAAUGAUAUUACUGCACAAGGGAGUGCUUUUUAUAUCAGAGAAUGCAUGUCAAUUACGUGUCGCUUCAGAGUAUAAAUUGUGAUCUUUGUAUCUUAAGUCCAAGAGUUUGUACUAAAAUGUUAUUUGAUAGUGAAACUAUGUUGUCAAACAUUUUGUUGAUAAGGAUAUAUGUGUGCUUCUUUAUGAUACAUACUCGACCAAACUUUUUAUUCUGUUUAUCGAGGCUUAUCUGUUUUCCAUAUAAAGCUGCAAGAAAUUGCUGUGCAAUAAUUUUUAAUCAUAUUUACUCCAAAUUCAGUUCUUUCCCUAGUAAAGAUUCUGUAUAACAGGGUGCAUGCAAAAAAGUACAGCGUAUAGCGUAAAAAAGAAACGAUACAUAAUAGACUUCAUCAAUCAUUAAUUAAAAAUCAGAAACACAGAAUUGCCGAUAAUUGAAAACUUAGAAUUUUAACUCCAACUCUUUUUAAAGAAUUCGACGUAGGAUAUUUCAUGAAAAUGUCCUUGUUAGAAAUGUGAGGGAAAAAAGAAUAAAUUUCAUGACUUUUUAAUAUACCUAGAGCAUAUUAAAAAGUUACACAUUUUUUUUAAUUUAAUGAUAAUAAACGUUAUUAGUUUUAAAAAUUUAAAUAAUAAUAUAAACGAUAUCAAUAACAUAAGUCAAGGAUAUAGAAGUGUAUGUGUAUUAUUGCUCAAUAUUUUUAAAAGUAUUUGUUAUACAUAAUGCGCCUGUUUCUCUAAAUUCAAAAAGCCAGGGAUACUUGUAUGUAAACAGAAUGAUUCAAACUGUUUCAAAUAUUAGAAAGUUACAUAAUUAUGAUCGAUGAAUUACAUAAUACUUCGAAUUGAUAAAAUAGUACAUAAAUUAUUAUGGAAGAAUGAUUUUUGGUAUACAUCUUAAGAUGGUCAUUUUUCUAACAUAAUUCUUAAAUAAAUUGCUGUAUUUCUUA